AUGUUUUGUUCUAUGCUCAUGAUUGCCGCGACACUUACUGUGGCCACCAUUUCCAAUGGCGCACAAUUUAUCUACAGUCUGCUCUAUCUCAUGCUCAUCUAUAAUAUCACCCUCAUCUCCCAAGAGUAUGAUUGGGGAAAACUCGAAUACUGCCGCCAACGUCUCCGCUCCACACUCGUCUCUGGAUCCUCCUUCAACCAAGACUACCUUCUCCAACUACCCAAAAAAAUUCUCUUUCCCACAAUGAUGUACUCCGUCCUCACCCACUGGAUGCUUGGUGAAGCUUUACAAACGCAAGAAGCCAUCUGGCUCGAGCCCGGUCGCCGCAUCGAACACUCGAAAUACAUCAUUACAUAUGCUGCAUAUCCGUUAUGGGUCGCCACAUUUCUAAUUUUACUAAUGACGGGUGUGUGCUGGUGGGCAUUCACGUACAAAAGAGAAGGAUUCAUCCCGCAGAUGUUUGGCAGUAUCAGAGUAUUAAUGGCGAGUACAACGCAGCUUGAUGGUUUCCCGGACAAUGGGGUGCAGUGGGGCGAUUUGGGCGAGGGAAAGAAAUUCAGACAUGCGGGGCUGAGUGCGGAGGAGGUGUUGAAGAUUGUGCCGAAUGAGUUGUAUGCUGGCUUGGGAGAUGAUGAGGGUAAGGACAAAGUACAACUGUCUGAGAGCGGAGAGUAA